AUGUGGUGUUUGUCUGAAUGCAGUUGAUAAAGCUCACUUUGACUUAGACUUUUGCAUCAUUUGAACAUGAAUAACACAGUGGAGGAUAGUCCUGAGCCACAGCUGGCAUAUGCUGUGAUCUUUGGCUGUAUUAUGGUUCUGGGUUUACCUCUCAACGCUGUGUCACUAUGGAUCCUUCUUCGGCGCCACAGCCUCAAAUCACCCAACGUUGUGUUCAUGAUCAACCUGGCUGUGUCAGACCUGCUGCUCAUCAUCGCCCUGCCGUUGAGGAUCUACUCCCAUGCCACGGGUACCUGGACCUUUAAUCCGGUGGUAUGCAAAAUUGCUAAUUUACUUUUGUACAUGAACAUCCGCACCAGCUCCAUCUUCAUCACCUUCCUCAGUGUGGACCGACUGUUGGCUGUUGUUUAUCCACUGAGGUCUCGCCGUGUGCGGACGGCUUCCAACGCCAUGAAAGCUGCUGCUCUGGCUUGGCUGACUGUUCUACUGAUAAAUAUCACUGCAGUUGUAAACCUUUCAAGAGAUUCCAAUAAAUACACUGAGUCUUUUUGUUUUAUACGUGGCCCCGAUAAGCAGGAUCUUCCCCUGAUCGAGCUCAUCCCACACAUAGCUAUUUUUCAGCUUGUGCUUCUGGUGACCCUCCUGACAGUCAAUGUUGUGUCCACUUUUCUGGUGUCUUGGACUCUACACAAACAUCUCAGUGACUGUGUACGGGUCAACAACAAGGUGAACGUUUUGCUGCUUUAUGUCAUGAAUCUGAUGAUAUUCACUGUAUGUUUUUUGCCUUGGACCGUUGGUUUAUUUAUCAGUGGCCUACAUACAUAUUUAUUGUGUCUUGCUACUGCCAACUGUUGCCUCGAUCCUCUGUUGUAUUACUUUUCUUUGGAUGCCUUCUGGAAGAAAAAAGAGGAUGUAAAUCUGGGACAAGAACUUUAGACACGAGGUGUCAAACCUUCUCAGUUUUACCUUUUUGAACUUUUCCCAACAUACAUAACAUCAUCUCCAAAGCAAAGUAGACGGGGUAGUUGUUUGUUUACCUGCUUUACUAGUUUCAGCUACUUCCUGUAGCCUUGGUCAGAAGCACCACAUGAUGUUGCUGUGACGUGUCUUAUAGGCUGUUCAGGAGGACUGGCCAGACACCAGACAGCAAUUGUAAGUUUCAGGAGAUGGGAAAAGCUGGAUUUGAUGAUACAGAUGUGUGUCAUUCCUGUUUAAGAUGCAACCGCUUUGUGUCCAGAAGGACUGCCGGCACUUUCAGGAGGAAUGAAGAAUCUCAUCUGUUGCAUUGUUCAUGUGUCUUAACUAGUCUGUAGCAUAACCAGAGACUGAAGUUUUACAAAGCCAGUAACUGUACAUGUGCAGAAUGAUCAUCCUUUUAUUCAUUUUCUUUCUUUCUUUCUUUCUUUCUUUCUUUCUUUCUUUCUUUCUUCCUGGGGAACUAAUUGAACACUAUGCAAAAUGUUUGUUUUCCUGCCAUUGAUAUAAUUUGCAAAUCAGCCCAUUAACACAACUAGCUUAGCUUAGCACAAAAAAUGGUAGUUGAGGUGAAAGUCAAUCUUCCUUUGUCUAAGGAUAAAAAAAAAUACCAUAAGUUCAAUUAUGUGUCCAGAUCCUGACAUCGCUAUCUGUUUAUGUCAUUCUCUCAGUUACAAGCAGUGAAAGCCAAAUUGCAUGUGUUAUGUGAGGUGACUAUGAUGUUGACUUUGGCCUCCAAAACCGAAUCAGAUCUUGAAGUGCAAGUGAAUUUCUGUGCCAGAUGAAGAUGCUCCCUCAAAAUGUAUCUGAGAUUUUGUAUUCAUAAGAAUGGACAGACAUGAAGUCACAACUCAUUUGACCUUUGACCACCAAAAUCAUUUCACUUCAUUCUUGACCAUAGUUGAAUGUUUGUUUCAGAUGUGAGGGAAUCCACAAAUGUGUCUCUAAGAUAUCAUACCUCAGGGAUGUAUUUUCAGUUACUUUAACCUUUGGGUCUUUAUACUUGUGUUGUGUUUCUGAUAAAUGUUGCAACAUUCUGUCAAAGAAGUUAGCAGAUAUUGCAUUUCAUUCCAAUGUGCAGCAGAUACAUCUAAAACUUCUAAAAAAUAAAUAAAUAAAUAAAUAAAUACAUGCAUAAAUAACAAUUAGCAACUCUAGUCAUUGUUGAUGAGGUGACCACAAUAUUUGGCCAAGAAACAGUCCACAUACUCCUGCAUUAAACAUGCAAUGUGAUCUACAUUUAAGUAUUUUUACAGAUUAAAAGCAUGUGAUGCUAACAGGCAAGUUGUUUUCUCCUAGUUUUAAUCUUCAUGCUAACCUAAGCGAGACAUGAUUAGCAUUCCUUAUGGCUCUCAACACUGUACAAAAAAUAAAAUAAGAUCAUCCCUCAAAGUGCUCAACUGUUCCUUCAGUCUGUAGAGGAUGUUAAUAAUCAUUUUAUAUUUAAUGGGACUAAUUGUUUGUGAUUUUGCAUGCUCCUUAAAAUUAAACCACUACUGCAUUGCUAAGAAAAAUGAUUUGACUUGGUUAUU